AUGGAAAACAAUCAAAUUUUGAAGUCAGAAUAAUCAAUGGAUUUCACUUCUAUGCUUUAAAAUUAAAAAGAAACACUCUUCAUUAGUUAAGAUCCUGAUAAUCCAUAGAUUCAUAAUAAAAAGAAAGAAAUUACUCUACUUGUAAUUGGAGCACCUUCAGUUUAAAUCAGAUAGAUUAUAGAGCAGUAUGUUCACUCAGAUGAGUGUGAGGAACUUUAGAGUUAUUUCGCUUACCAUAUGAAGCUAUAGGUUGACUUUGAGAUGAUUGAUCUACAGAUUCUCGAGCCUAAAAGUGAUGACUAAGAUGGAAUAUCUCUAAAAGAAACAAUCGAGUACUUAGGAGAACUUGAAUAGCAUUUAUGUAUAAAGCAACUAUUUUUUCCAAUGAGUUUUACAAUGAUUUUGAAUUAUGUAGAGCCUCCAUUUAUGCAGAGAGCAAGCAGAAUUUUCGGCGUGUAUGAUGAGCAUGUUAUUUAAGCUUUAAAAUUUGCAGAGAAAAAUCUAAACUCUCAUGCCUUUGAAGUAAGAAUGUUUGCGGGAGAAGAGACAUAAAGCUAGUAGAUUGAUUAUGUUUUUCAUAAGUUGAUAGAAAAAAUAGAGAAAAAACACAGUUAUGAAGUAGAAAAGAAGGCUAGAAGAAUAACCUUUGGAAGAACGAAAAAAUAAAUUUACAAGUAAUACAGUAAAUUGACCCGAAUAGAUAAGAUGAACAUAGUAUUUCAGAUCCUCGUCACUCUUUAGUUCGUAAGAUCCUACAAAUAAAAUGAUUUAUAGCUAAGUAGUCUGGUUCAGGCAUUUAUAAGCGUUGAGCUAAAUCUUCAUGUGACUAGCUAGGUUGAACAAUGGCUGUGCAAUACAAAUAACUUCAAUGGUUUUUUUUCUUUUUUCUCUGGAAUCUUAGGUUAUUACGGAUCUAAAUACAAGAAUAAAGAGUAUUUAGGAACAGUAAUUUUAAGCAUUUAUUAACUUGAUUUAGUAUUAACUAGGAGUGAUGAUAGAUGUUCUAAGUAAUAUAUUUGCUAUUGGGCUAUUGAUUUAUUUAAGGAACAAUACAAAAACUAUAGUUUCCUAUGGGUGAAUCUAUUCUAAACUUUUGUUUGCAUUGUGUCUCUAAUGUUUUCAUAGCCUCUAAAAUAAGCAAUAGUUUAGCAAUCUAGAGAAUAGAUCUAAAAGUCAGUAACAAUCAGCAAUUUAGAUGAUGAUACCCUUGGCUAGCCAUCAAGAGCAUUUUCUCAUGUCUAGGAAUAUAAUCAUCUAGAUAUGAAUAACAUGCUUAGCAGUAGUUUGAUGAUUGACGAGGAAGAACUUUUAAAGUAUAGCUAGAAAGAAAGGAAAAGCAAAAGAAUUCUACCUUGA